AUGUGGGAAAAACGCAAAUGUGGAAAAAACGCAAAUAUGGGAAAAAACGAAAAUAUGGGAAAAACGCAUCUAUGGGAAAAACGCAUAUAUGGGAAAAACACAAAUAUGGGAAAAAAGCAAAUGUGGGAAAAAGGCAAAUAUGAGAAAAAAGAAAAUAUGGGAAAACGCAAAUAUGGGAAAAAAGCAAAUAUGGGAAAAACCCAAAUAUGGGUAAAACGCAUAUAUGGGAAAAACGCAAAAAUGGGAAAAACACAAAUACGGGAAAAACGGAAAUACAGGAAAAACUCAAAUAUGGGAAAAAGCAAAUAUGGGAAAACCGCAAAUAUGGGAAACCGCACGUAUGGGAAAUCGCACAUAUGGGAAAAAUGCAUAUAUGGGAAAAACGCAUAUAUGGAAAAAACGCAUAUAUGGGAAAAACGCAAAUAUGGGAAAAACGCAUAA